AUUUUAUGCCAUUAUUUUAUGAUAAAUUAAAUUUCAAUGGUUGAGAUCAUGAGUCAGUUGAAGCUAGACCACCAUGAAGAACCUGAAAGCACUGGAUCUAGCUUUAAUUGACUCAUGAUCUCAACCAUUGAAAUUACUAUAAUAUCCACAAGAACCCUUCUGAUAUAAAUUGAAUUGUUUGGAAAACUUUUAAAAACUACUUCAUGACUCAUAACUAUCGUUGAGUAUUUAAACUAUAGUUUACAGAGAAGUUAUGAUCUACGUUGUGCAUAUCAUCUGGGCUACAUCAGUCUUCCUAAGUUCAAUCAUCAAGAAAUCAUAGAUGUUAUGAAGUACUGACAAAAAUAUGCAACGCUUAGAAAUGUUGGCAGUAAAACACGUUGGGUUUUCUUUUUGGUGUAUCUCGAAGCUUAUCAGCUGAAGUUGGAAGGAAACAGUUCUCGAUUUUUAGUUUCAUUUCAGGAUUAUUAACAUUCAACGAAAGUUGAUUAGGUGGUGCAUAUAUUUUGUAUGAAUAACAAUAAAUCAAGAAUGACUUCUUAUUAACUAUAAUGAUGCGUUACAACCACACAGAUAAGUUUACUGUAUUUGAAUUUGAGUUGAAGUAUUAUAACUUAAUUGUUUCAAGAAUGAAUAUGCUUUCGGAAGAACAAUUUAUUGAGAAUAAAAGUUUUAAAUGAUGGAACAAAAAUCAUACUUUGUAGCUAUCUGUUCAGGUGACUUCAUAAAAGCGUCCAUUAUAAUAAGAACUUUCAGUGGAUAAUCGUCGAAAAGAUUAUAUUCGUGAAAAUAUUCGUCAACUAAGACAAUUAGAAGACAGCAUAACAUUUAAAAAACGUGUUGCAGAACAAUGCGGUAGAUCAGUUCUCUCAACAGAUCGUACACAAAACAAUACAUGCAACAAAUUUAUAACAUGUCAUCAUGCACAAACUAGACAAUCUCAACCAAAUGAAAAUCCUAUAUCUUCGGAGACUGGAUUUAAUACAUCAAUUCAGUCAUUAUCAAAAACUGAUGCAAUCAAAUCUAGUAAACAAAAUAAAUAUAGUAUUAAUUUAAACAAAACUGAUAAUCCCAAAUAUCUACAAUCAAACAACUCAUCAAUAUCUACACAAACUGAUAAUUAUAUAGAUCAAUUGAAGCAAACUAUUCCCCCACAUAUGCCUAAUUCACAUAAUGUUUCUUCUAAAAAUAAGGGACAAUCUCAUCAAUCUUUAUCAUUAAGAACAAAUAAAUCUGAUAAAAAAAUACAACGAACAACAUUAACACCAAUUCAAUCAAUUAAAAAAACAGAAUAUUUACGUGCACAUUCUCGUGAUAUUGAAGAUGAAGUUGAUCUAAAAUAUUUAAGUAGUAUACCUAUUUCACCUAUACAUAAACAUUUGAAUUCAGCUAAAACAUCUGUACCAAAAGCUGAAUCAGCUAAAAAUGUUGAAUUUAUCAGACGUGAUAUUAAUUUUGUUCGUGCUAAUGCUCAUAUGGCAACAGCACCAAGUGUAAAAAGAACUGGAAUUCGACGGAUAGCAAGUUUGAAUUCUUUAUCGUUAAAUGAUAAAACUCAUCUAACAGAUUCAAAUAUAACAAAAUCACAAAUAUCGCAUACAUCAAGAAUGUGGCCUGAAAGACGAUUAAAAAGCGGGGUUAUCCCACCUUACCUAAUCAAAAUGAAACAAAAAGAAAAAGAACGGAUUCAAAAAGAAUUGGAAAACCAACCUGAUCCAGAUCAACCUCCAGGACAUCAGAGAAUGCCAGAAGAAGAACGUCUAAAUACAUUAGAAUUGCUUAACAAAGCUCAUACUCAGUUGUCAGAGGAAUUUUCUCACCUCCCAGUACGUAUGGAUACAUUGAGAAUUCGUUCUAGACGUGCAGAAAUUGAAAGUCGUCUCAGUGAAUUAGAACAAGCUAUUGAAAUAUUCAGUAAACCGAAAGUGUUUAUUAAACCUGGUUAAAUACAAAUAUGACUUAAAAUAACAUGGUCAAUAAUGUAUAAAAUAUUGUCAUGAACAACUUCUAUGAUAAUCAGCUGUACUUCACAUCAUAUAGUGACCGAGUAUUUCGAAUCAUUUUUUGUUUGAGUGAAUAGUUUUACCGACUAUUUCUUCUGGUACAAUUAGUUUACCAUGUUGUUAUUGUAUGUAUAUGUAUGUUUAAUCUCUCAAUCGAUCCCCAUAACAAAAGAAAUUCAAUGAAAUGAAUAGUAUUAGUUAUUUUGAUGGAGUUUUGUUCUCUGAGCUAGAUUGUUUGGUCGUGGGUCUCCACCAUCUCAAGGAACAAUAAUGGGGCGGAUUUGUAUGCAUAAAGCAUACAAUUCUUUUUCAACCUAGUACAUAACAAUAGUAUCAUGUACUGUCCCAUCGCCCUUGGCAGAUCAGGCAACCCCAAAGUUACAUGAACACCAUCAGGGCAUACGACAAGCUAGGUACCCCUCCACCAUUUCAUAGUAUCAGUUAAUUUGGAAAUUAAUUAUUUAGAAUAAGCCGAUGACAUAGUUCUAUUUGGUGAAAACGCUGACAAAAUGCAGAGCCUUUCUGACCACUAUAAGCAACAAUGCAAGCAUGUUUAGGAUGCUAUUCUCCCCCUCGAAAUGCAAAAUGUUGCUUCAGGAUUGGGUUACAUCGACACCCGAACUAGUGAUAGGGAG